AUGGAAAACUCGUCCACAGUGAAAUUCUUUAUUCUCUCAGGAUUGCAAGAGGCCAAGAGCAAUAAGUCUGUCUACUUUGCCUUUACUUUCCUCUUUUACCUAAUUAUUAUUUUUGUGAAUUUAGCUCUGAUUGUGAUAAUAAUUCUAGAGAAAGGCCUCCAUGAGCCCAUGUACAUUUUCCUGUGUAAUCUCUGUGUCAAUGCACUGUGGGGCACUGCAGGUUUCUACCCUAAACUCCUACUGGAUCUUCUCUCUGACAUUCACAUGAUUUCAUACAGUGGAUGCUUAACUCAGAUAUUUCUUAUUUACACAUCGGUCUUGUUGGAAAUUAACAUUUUAACAGCAAUGGCUUAUGACAGAUAUGUAGCAAUAUGCAGGCCUUUACAGUACCAUAUAAUUAUGACUCCACUGACAGUUUGCAAACUGGUGCUAUUUGCUUGGUGUUUUCCUCUUACAGGGGGUGUCAUAUUGAUUUUACUAACUUUCAGACUGCCAUUGUGCGGAUCUCACAUUGACAAACUAUACUGUGACAAUUGGUCAGUUGUUAGACUCUCUUGUGUAUCAACCACAAUUAAUAAUGCUUGUGGAUAUGUAAUCAUACUUAUACAGAUAGCACAGGCAGUCUUUACUCUGUACUCUUACUUUCAAAUUGUUAGGCUAUGUUUAAAGUCCAGGGAGGGGAAGGCAAAAUUCAUGCAGACCUGCGUGCCACAUUUGUUGACAAUGGUGAAUUUCAUUGUUGCAACUCUGUUUGAUGUUAUGUACAGCAGGUAUGGUUCCAAUGACCUUCCUCAGAGUCUGCGCAACAUUUUGGCUGUUGAAUUCAUGAUCGUCCCCCCUCUUUUCAACCCCAUUGUGUAUGGACUGAAUCUGCAGGAAAUACGGAGAAGAAUCUUCAGAAUUAAUGGCAGGGCUCACAAAUUCUAG